CUGGAAGUGCUUUACACCACCAUCAGUCUUAUCUGCCAGACUCUGUUCUAUGGUGUAUAUGCUGCGUUGAUACCAUUAUCAACACAUUUCCUACUUAAAAAGAAGACCUUGUCACGAGCAAAUAAAUUCAUGUUCGCAACAACAAUCUUCAUGUUUUUGUUGUCCACUGCCUUCUGGGCAACAUCAGUGGCUAAUCUUAUUGCAACUGUGAAUGUAUUCUAUGCAUCUUCUCUCGAUCAUUCCUCUAUUGCGUUCAUGCUGUAUUCUUUGUUCAAUGCACUCGUUCUGGUCAAUUACAUUGUGACGGAUAGUGUCGUUGUCUGGCGUGCUUGGGUUCUGUGUAAGAACAGUGGCACAAGCAUUUUCGUGAUCCCCUUCCUGUUCCUGGCAUGCACAUCAGUGUCUGUCGUAGCAACAAUCGGACUCAGAGUAACAAUGGAUGUCAGGCCUGUCGACUUGAACCGUGCUAUCGAUAUUAGUCAAAUAGCGAACCUGGUGUUGUCGCUAAUCACAAACAUCAGUGCGACGUCAAUCAUUGGCUUCAGAGCAUGGCAACACCGGCAGUCGAUCCGAACCAUGAUAUCCAGAGAACGAGAAACCAGCACAAAGGUUGAGCGAAUAUUGACACUGCUUGUUGAAUCCGGCCUUAUCUAUUGUAUCUCCGGGGUCAUAGUCCUAAUUGCUUCAGUCAUCCGUCUUCCUUAUCAUACUCUUGGAGAUGUCUACACACCUGUACAUGUUCAAGUUGCAGGAAUAUACCCGACGAUUGUCCUCAUUCUUGUGAGCCAACAGCGAUCGUUGAAGGAAGGGGCAUUCUCCACU